AUGAGCUUCUCGGGUCGGUCGUCGGGCAGCGGGAGCAGCGACAUGCAGCAGCAGACGAACGGGCGCUGCUACAUCCCGACGGUCCAGUCCAUGCUCCGCGACGACUGGAUCCACCAGCGCAUGCGCCAGCGGGCCUCCGAGUACAUGGAGGAGAAGGAGAUCGCGCUCUGGGCGGGCACCUUCAACGUCAACGCCAAGAAGCCCGUCUCGGUCGCCGAGGCCAUGAAGCUCUUGCCAUGGCUCCAGCCGACGCGCAGUCUCCCGGACGUCGUCGCCGUCGGGUUUCAGGAAAUCGUUGAUCUCAACGCGGUCAACGUCGUUGUCAACAACAUGACGGCGACGCGCAGCCAGCAGUGGGAAGAGUCGCUCUCGGCCGCGCUCAAUGGCCACAUGUCCAACGACAAUUACGACGUCGUGCUGCACAAGCACCUCGUGGGCAUCCUCCUCAUCGUCUUUGUCAAGCGCGAGCACGUGCCAUUUGUCUCGGACGUCAUGGGCGCAACCGCCGGCGUGGGCAUCAUGGGCGUCAUGGGCAACAAGGGCGGCGUCGCCGUGCGCCUUCGGCUCUACGACAGCACGCUCUGCUUUGUCUGCUCGCAUCUCGCAGCCCACACGCACAACGUGUCUGGGCGCAACGCCGACUUUGCCAACAUUCUGCACAAAAUCGAGUUUCGCGACGCCGACGACGGCCUCCAAGAGCUCUUGCCGUCGCCGACAGCGGGCCACCACGUCGGGCUUGGCAUUGCCAACCACGAUUUCAUUUUUUGGAUCGGCGAUCUCAACUACCGGCUCGUCGAAGACAGCAGCUUGACGAUCGAAGACUGCUUUCUUCACGUUGAGAAGCGCAACUUGGAGUACCUCCUCGCCCGAGAGCAGCUCUUGCUCGAGGUCGCCAAGGGCAACGUCUUCCAAGGCUUCCAAGAAGGCGCCAUCACGUUCCCGCCCACGUACAAGUUUCAAGCCGGCACGUCGUUCUACGACCGUCGGCCCGACAAGAAAGUGCGCGCACCGGCGUGGUGCGACCGCGUGCUCUGGAAGGCCAAGGACCCGUCGGCCGUGCGGCAGUUGUACUAUGGCACAGUCAUGGAGAUCGACAUCUCGGACCACAAGCCCGUCGCCGCCACCUUCCAAGCCAAGAUCCAGCAUGAAGUCGAGGCCAAGAAGGAGGUCGUCCAGCGCGAAGUGAGCCGCGACUUUGACAAGUGGGAGUCCAACAACAAACCCAAGAUCCUCGUCUCGGACGGCGGGCUCAUGGAGUUCGAGCAUGUGACGUACCUCGUGCCGCAGACCAAGUCGUUUACGCUCGAAAACGUCGGCGUGGUGCCCGCACACUUCAAAUUCACCCCCAAGCUCCACGAACCCGCAAUCUCCAAGAGCUGGCUGAGCGUCUCGCCCGCGUACGGCGUCCUCGCCCCCAAGGAGCGCGUCCAGCUGCAGUUUACGGUGCUUGUGUCGCAUCACACGGUGCAUCUCCUCUCGAGCGGCCAAGACACGCUCGACGACACCCUCGUCUUGCGCGUCGCCAACGGUGCCGACCACUUCCUCGUCGUCUCGGGCUCGUUCUUACCUACCUGCUUUGGCGCAACGUUGGAGCAGCUUGUCGUACGCCUGGAGCCCGUGCGCAAGCAGGUUGCGAUCAAGCGCGACGUGACGAGCGUCCAAAAGAUCCCGAAAGAGCUCUGGCGCAUGGUCGACGACCUCUUCACCCACGGCCUGCGCACGCCCGAGUUGUUUUUGGCCAACCCGCUCAAAGACGCCGAGACCACGGGCAUUCGCGAUGCUCUGGACGCUGGUACCGCGUUCCACCCGCACCGUCCGCAGGCCAUGGCCGGUGUCUUGCUGCAUUGGCUCCAAACCCUCCGGGAGAGCGUCCUGCCCGAGCAAGUGCUCAACCUCGAGAGCCCGCGGUCCAUUGUGGAUGCGCUGACGCCGAUCCACUACAACACGUUCAUCUACCUGCUCUCGUUCUUACGGGAGCUCCUCAAGUUUGGGAGCGAGAACCACCUGCAUGCCUCCACUCUCGCGCCGGUCUUUGCCCGCUGCUUUCUCGGGUACGCGCUCGACCGACCGUCGACGCCCAAGGUCGACAACCUCGAGCGGUUGCUCGUCCAGUACUUGACCCAAGGCACCUUGUAA